UGAAUAUUUUUCAGUGUUUUCUCAAGAGGUACAAAAAAACAAAACACAAGGGAGAUCUAUGCGGAGGCAUUUUCUUGCCGGCAGCGGCGGGGAUUUGGUGGUGGAGGCGCUCCUCGUAGUGUGAGUUCGGGUUAAUUAAGCCUGAAUGUGGAGCACAACGAAGACCAGCUCGAAGCCUCUGAGCUACGAGCUGCUGGCCGAGGUCGGAGAAGGCUGCUACGGUAAAGUGUACAAGGCCAGAGAGGUCGGAGAGAGACAGCGGCUCCUUGCGGUCAAGAAGUUCAACAUCCGCGGCGAAGCCUUGCAGAGCGGCAUCCCUGCCUUCAUGAUCCGGGAGGUGGCGCUGCUGCGGAAAAUGGAGGAUUUCAACCAUCCCAACGUGGUCAAGCUCUUGGAUGCGUCUGCUGUACCAGUGGGCAUGGGCUUGGAGCUCAGUCUGGUGCUGGAGUACAUUGACCAGGACCUGUCCACCUACCUGUCAAAGGUUCCCGCCUCCGGACUGAGCCGUGACAAAGUCAUGGAUGUGAUGCUGCAGCUGCUGCGAGGUCUGGACUUCCUACACACAAACCUGGUGCUGCAUCGUGACUUAAAACCAGAAAACAUUCUGGUCAGCAAUCGCGGAGAGGUCAAGAUUGCAGACUUCGGACUUGCACGGAUCCACACCUUCAAUAUGGCUCUCACUCCAGGUGUGGUGACACUGUGGUAUCGAGCCCCCGAGGUGCUGCUCAACUCUGUUUACAUGUCCUCAGUGGACAUGUGGAGCGUCGGCUGCAUCUUUGCUGAGCUUUUCCUCUUGAGACCCUUGUUUCAAGGACACACUGAGGUGCAGCAGUUACAAAAAAUCUUUGAGGUGAUUGGUUUGCCCAGCGAGAAGGACUGGCCUGCAGACACCCCGAUCUCAUACUCCCCCAGCUGGGGGCCCAAACGCUCCCACACCAAGCUGCUGCCAAACCUGGAACCAGAUGAGAACGACCUUCUGUCUCAAUGUUUGGCAUUCAGACCGAGUGGUCGCAUCUCCGCCUUCAAAGCCCUGAGCCACCCUUUCUUUGUGAAGCACUCAAGAUUUCAGUUGAAUGAGGAAUGGAAGGAGGAAAAAAUCAACCGCUGCUGCUCUGAGCUUCCAGAAUCUACAGUCUAGACAGGAUAAAUUAACCCGCACUGUGCCAUGAAAUCCAUGUUGUUCAGAGCGUUGCAUGUUUAUUUUAGAGCUUUUAAACAGACAGCAUCAGCAUCAUGAGAGACUGGGCAGCUUUGGGGCUUUUGAACAUCACUAAAUAAGGAACAUGCAACGCCCGACGUGCAAAACGUGGAUCUUAUGGCACAAAACCUAACAUGUAUUUUGAUGAAAUUCCAAAACAUGAGGCAUUUUUGAUGGAUUUUCCUCUUUUAGUUUUAUUUACUCAGCUGUAAUUUCUGAAUUUUAUUUGCCUCCAUGUGAACACAGGAACAUUCUUCUUUUUUUUCAUUUAGAAUUAGAAGUAUGUUCCACAAAAUGUAGUGCAACUUUGUUAUUGUUGAGUGUUUCUAUCAAAAAGAGGGAUUCAGUUUUGCUCUUUUUCCACUUACAAGAAUAUUAUGAACAUCUUUAAGUUGAUGUUGUUUCUAUCUCACUAAAGAUUUUUUCUUUGCUUACAUCAGAGGAAAUGCAACGCUUUAUUUUGGAUAUUUUUGUGAGGAUAUUUAUGGUGCAAUCAGUGCAGAUUGCACCUGUAUUUAUGUUUGUUUUGAGAGAUUGUGAGAUAUUUUUCUACAUGAGUUGCACUGUUCAUUCAAGAAGCAUUCCCAUAAAUGACUUUCUCUUCA